GUUACCAUCAGUGACAAAUAGUUUUUUUUUGAGUAUAUAAUUUAAAUUGAAAGAAAAUAUGAAUAAUUCUUUAUUCAAUUUACACAAACUUCCUUAAAUUGGAAAAUUUCUUCUUUAGGUUAAUAUAAUUUAUCAAAAGUACAGUUUCACUUCCACAAGUUGAUGACAUUGCUUUGUACCUUUAAAGGUUAUGUGAGCAUAACGCUACUCUAUUUCAUGAGGCAAAGAGCAUUAUUUAAAAUUUUGAUAAAAUUUAUCGCAUGUUCAGACUAAAUUUCUAAGUAAAUACGAAAUCAUCAUUUCACGUAAUGUCUUUCGAUUAGUUGGUGUCCAAUAGCUCUUUACUUAAAAAUGUAAUAAUUGAAACCAACAAAGAAAACGAUUCUAGUCAAAACGUAUUGUUGACAUUAAUGAAUAAUCGUCAGUAAAACUUGUUUAUCAAAGAAGUGGUAAUAUAUUUUAUAAAAAUAAUCCGCUAUAUUGACUGAAACCGGUAAUUUUUCAAUGGAAAAAUUCAAAGAAUUAAGUAUAAAAAUAUAUGAACAAUAUAACAUUAUUGAUUAAUUAAGUGCAAAAUAGGUUAAAAAUGUCACGAAAUUUUGUAAAUUUUUUGAAAAUGUUCAUAGCAUUUUUCUAUGGACAUGCACGUGGGAUAUCUUAUUUUGUUAUUGGAGUUUUAGUAUUGUUUUACUGUCUGCACCCUGGAAGAUUUGCAUCUCAUUAUAAUUUUAUCAAAACUGAAGAUAUUUAUCACGAACUUGAAAAACUCUAUGAUUCUCGAGAGAAUUCUUGUUCAAUAGCAAUUCGUGGACGAAAAGCUUCAGAAUUAUGGUAUCCAGAUGAAAAUCCUAAAGAGGAUCCUGCCGUGAUGGCUAGAAGACUUGGGAUAUUGCCUGGAGGACAAUGGAAGCCACUUAAUUGCCACUCACUAUUUAAUGUAGCCAUUAUUCUACCUUAUCGUAAUCGUCAAGCUCAAUUAAAUAUCUUCAUGAAUUAUAUACAUCCAUUUCUCCAAGGACAAAAUUUAGAUUAUAGGAUUUUUGUAAUAGAGCAAAGCCCAUUAAGUGAAUUUAAUCGAGCAAAACUGUUUAAUGUGGGCUUCAAAGAAGCAACGAAAAUCAACGAUUUUCAUUGUUUUAUAUUCCAAGACAUUGAUUUAAUACCACAAAAUCCAAACAAUAUUUAUGCAUGUACAAAAAUGCCAAGACAUAUGAGUUCUAGUGUGAAUACUUUUAGAUAUAAUUUACCAUAUACUGGACUCUUUGGAGGAGCUAUAGCUAUGACUCGUAAACAAUUUGAAAAAGUUAAUGGCUUUUCUAAUGUUUUUUUUGGCUGGGGUGGUGAAGAUGACGACUUUUACAGUCGAUUACAAAGUAGAGGCCUAACGGUGAUACGUUUCGGGCCAGAUGUAGCUCAAUAUUAUAUGUUAACUCAUAAAAAAGAAGCUCCAAGUACUUCGAGAUUUGCUAAUUUAGAAAGUGCAGCGAAAAGAUAUGAUUCUGAUGGUAUUAAUAAUUUAAAAUACAAAGUUUUAGAUCAUGAAUUACGUCCACUUUAUUCAUGGAUAUUAGCUGAUGUUUAAUUCAGUUAAAAUAAGGGUUAUGCAAAUCAUAGUCCGAUUUUCAUACCAAAAAUAUUAAAUGUUUUUGAAUAGCACUUAAUUUUAUAUAUAGAAACAUAUCAUAAAAUAGUAAAAAAACUUAUACUGGAUAUACUAAAGAAGUAAUUUCAAUAUGUGAACAUAUCUCGAAGAACAAACUUUGCUUACCAUGAUGUAUUAAAUACUAAGAUUUACUUAUUUAUUAUACUAUUGCUUUCUCAAUGUACAGUUCGAUAUAUUUAUUUAUUAUUAUUGAAUGUUAAAAAUGUGAAAAAAUGAAUAAUAAAAUGCUCGUGAAAUCAA